AUGACGCAGUACCGGCACCAGAUGAAGUACAUCAUGAGCCUGGUGGAACGUAAGGACGUGCUGAAGCGGCAGGCGCUGCUCACCGACAUCAUGCACCAGCACAAGGCGCACGACCAGCGCUUCCAGCAGAUGGCCAACUGCAAACGGCGCGAGGCCAAGAUCCGGGAACAGCCGCGGGACAGCAAGAUUCGGUUGCGGGCGCAGCGGUACGUCAGCCGUUUCCAGCAGCAGUUCCAGUCGGCGAUCGGCCUUCAACAAGAGCAAGGAGGAGCUGCGCGGGACGUCCAGCUGGCCGACGCGCUGGACGUCUCGUCCGCGCCGGACGCCUGCGACCGUCACGAACACCGAUCCGGAGUCGGUCUGCUGCCGCAGGUCGGGUCGCUGGUGGCCGGGUUGGAUGGUGACGAGUUCCGCGAUGCUGUCCUCCGGCUGCUGUUCCACCUGUUCCUGUCGCCUUUCGCCCUGCGGUGUCCGCCGCCUCCGAGAUACCGCUUUCGUAUCAUCGGCGAUAUCAUCAAAAAGCUGGAGGCCAGCGGGCGGGAGGUACCGGAGCUGGCGUACCACAUCCACGGCCAGCUCAGCUCGGCGGCCGACGCCGACCGCACCGACGGCCACGUGGUGUAUCAGCUGACCGAGACGGCGGUGGUGGCGCUCUGGGAGGACCGCCGUCUGAUGGCGGCCGACACUACGGGCCUGCGCACGUGGCAGGCGGGCAAAGCGCUGCUGGACUGGUACCUUCUGCGGCCGGAGGCGAUCCAGGGCAGGCGGGUGCUCGAGCUGGGGGCCGGCCUCGGCCUGACCGGUCUGGCGCUGUGCAGGACGUGCUCACCGGCCUCCUACCACGUGACGGACGGCCAUCCCCUGGUAGUGGAGAUGCUGAAAUACAACGUCCUGAAAAAUCUCGAACUCGCGAAGGACGACUUGCCAGUUGUGGACGAGUCGGCGUGCGCGGCGUUUGUCUCCGACGCGCCGGCCAGCGCGCCGCUAAAACCGCGCGGCGGUCCGGCCGACGGUGGCGCCACCUGCGUCGGUGAUUUGCGUAUGACCUUGGACGGCACGGAGCUGCGCGCCGGCACCCUGGACUGGUUUACCUUCACCGCCGAGGAGGCCGGCGGCCUAGACGUGGAUCUGGUGCUCACUGCUGAUGUGACCUACAACCCGGAACUGCACGAGCCGCUGGUUCGCACGCUGCGGCUGCUGCUGGAUCACGUGCGGCGGCCGCCGGAGGUGCUGAUGGCGCUGACCGACCGGAACGAGGGCACCACUGCCCGCCUGAUGGCCGAGCUAGCUGUUCAAGGCCUGAAGCCGCGGUUGCUGGCCACGCCAGCCAACAAUCAGUCCAGCUUCCUCAUGGACGAGGUCUCCAAGGUCAAGAUCUUCCAGAUCACCCGCAUCCCGGAUCUGCCGGCCGCCUGA